UACGAAAUAUAAUGUCGUUCUUUGUUUUUGAAAACUGCGAAGGUAGCAGAAAAUAACAAACACCGUAUUUGUUUAGAAUUACCUACGUAAAACUAUUAUUUUUACUUGCGUACUUCUUAUCUAUACACGAUAGAAAUAAAGUAACUUUAGUCUCAGAAUCAGAACCAUGGACGAGGACGACUUGAAAAAGUUUUGUCCGAAUUGUUGUCAACUGUAUUUAAUGCAGUUCACAUCAUCGAAACUGAAAUGCAACUGGCCGUUAUUCCUGCCAUGUGGCCACUCUAUGUGUGAGAACUGUGUCAUUAGCGUCAUAAGAUGUGCAGAGCCACUGGAGUGUAAGGUCUGCUUCGUAAAUACAGAAGUCACAAACACGGAGGCUAAAGAUUUAUUGGGAAAUCAAUUGAAAUUGCAUCAAAAGUUUCCAAUCAAUGUUCACAUGGUUGGUGAACUAACAUUAAACUUUGUGAGGACUUCCGAAGUAAUCAAAAAGCAACCGGAAGAAGACCCUUUCCUUGAUUUAAAAACCAUAUUAAAAGAUGAGACUACUGAAGCUAAUUGUUUAGAGUGUCAUGAAACUACAUCUAAAAUGUGUAAGCAAUGUGACACGGUGAUGUGUGCAGCUUGCUUUAAAAGAUCACAUAUGAACUUUGUUAUUUUCAAGAACCAUAAACUACAGUUAAUUGAAGCAUCAACUGAGCCUAUCAAUUGCAAAGUACACAAAGAAAAGAAAUUGGAUUACUUCUGCAAAGAUUGUAAGAAACCCAUAUGUAUGGACUGUAUGAUGGUGGGUGGUGAGAAGUCGUGCAAGAACCAUGAUGUGGUAUCCUUACAGGAGGUUAAUGAAACAUUUUUUGAAGAAUUGAUUGAACUAUCUCCUAAAGUAGAUGAGAUAUUUCGACGACUUACAAAGACGGCUGUUGAUAUCGGAUAUUUACUUCACAAUUACGAUACAGAUACAGGAUCACCAAAUGACAUUGCUAAAAUAAUUGAUAAAGUUGAUCACCACUUUUCUAAGCUCUGCUCUAUAGUACAGAAACAUAAAGAGGAAGUGAUGAAGAUAAUAAAACAUUUGAAAAGUUCAGAGAAAGACUCCCUUCAAAGAGCUAAAAUGGAGGUUUCCAAUUCUAUAAAAAAAGCUAAAGGUGUUUUGAAAAUGAUUACAACAGCUUCUGAUACAUCGAAAAUUAAUCAGAUAAAUGUACCAGCUCUUUUAGAAGAAGCAAAGAAUGUAGUUGACAGUCCUUGGUAUCUUAACAGGAAGGAAUCAAACCACGAAUCUCUAAAAGUCUUAGUAAAUGAGGAUCUGUGUUCAUUAAUCAAUGACUACGUGCACUUGGAAGGGAACGUCAAGUCUCUAUAUAAAUUGUAUUCGGCGUCAGAAUUAGGUGAUGACAUAGAGAUACCGCCCCCACCACCUAAUCCUGUUUACCCACCGGAAUUAAUAAAAGACGUAAGAACCUCAAAAAAGCCAAAAGUGGAGAAGGAAAAUAGAAAAACUCCAACAGUAUUCCAGAAUGUACCAAAGUACCGUAGUAAGAGUGGAUCUGUUUCCUCUCUCAAUUCUAUAGGCAGUGAGAACUCCGCUAAGAGUUACAUAACUCCAAAUAACAAUUACCAGCAGCCUAUUGUGCAACCAGUGUCCCCAUUUGCUGAAAGCCAGCAUCCACAACAUCUGCGGGAGGGUUCGCAGGAGAUUGUCUACAUUUCUCAUAUAAUGGACCCUCACAACUUCUACGUACAAAGGGCAUCCUCUCAGGCCCUCAUUAAAGACAUGCUGAGAGAGUUUCGCAACGCUGCGUCUUUCGCUAAGCCUUCAGUCAAUCAUAUAGUACCGGGUAAAACAUAUUUAGUAUACAACAAAGUUGAUAAUAUGUGGCAGAGGUGUCGCGUCAUCGACGUUGAUUUGAAAGAACCUAAAAUACAGGUUUUCUGUUUCGAUUUUGGAAACACUGAAUGCGUGUCAUUCGACAAGUUACGUCUGUUGCCUCCGUCAAAAAUCCAAUGUCCUUAUCCUCUGGCUAUCAACUGUUCUUUGGCUAACUGUGUACCAAUAUCUGGCGCUUGGACAAGCCACGACUCCUUCCUCAUUCAGCAAAUAAUUGACAAUAAACAAGCAGUAAUUCACGUCCGUCGAGUGAUCCCCAUAUCUAACGUGGAUUUUAAGCUGGAGUGUGACGUCACGACUUUUGAACAUGGCGUCAGCAUUGCCCACGCGCUGGUAUUCCAUGAAUGCGCUAGAAUGCCGAACCCGAAAGCAAAGUAUCCAGCCGUAAUUAAUGGAAAAGAAAAACCUAAACUGUACAUGAGCAACAACGAUUUCCAAUGUGAAUCCAAAGAAUCAGUGAUUAUUACACAUGUUAUCAGCCCAGAUAACUUCUUCGUAAGAAAACAACAUCUGCAAGAUAUAUAUGAGAAAUUGACUGAAGAUUUGGAACAGGAAUACAGUUUAGCUUCCAAUGUUGGAACUGUUUAUUUACCAGAAAUAGGCAUGGCGUGCGCGGUGUGCGUGGAGCAGGCGGGCGCGGGGGGCGGCGGGGGCGGGCGCUGGGCGCGCGGCGAGGUGCGCGCGCUGGCGGGGCGCGGGCGCGCGCGCGUGCUGCUGCCGGACUGCGGGCGCGCGCUGCUGCCGCACUGGCGACAGCUGCGCUAUCUGCGGCACAAGCACACCACGCUCAGCGCACUGGCAACGGAAUGCCACUUAGCCGGCAUCACACCAUACAAUAAGAAAUGGAGCACCGCCUCGGUUGACCUCCUCCAACAGUAUGAAGGUAGGGUAUUGGAGUUACAAGUGGAAGAGAAUCGCAGCAGGGACUACCGCAGCCGGGGAUCUGUCGGCGUCACACUGUACGAUACACAAGACCCAGAUAAUAUUGUUUGUAUUAACAAUGAAAUGAUCAGACACAAGUUUGCAAUCACUUUUGGAGUUUACAUGUUCAACAAAGAUCUUGUAGAAGAACUAGUCGUAACAAAUAAGUCACCAUUGCAUAAACCAGCGCCACCUAAACCGAAGGCAGAAAAAAUAACAAUAUUAAGGCGAAAUAAUAUAGAAAAUAAAGUAGAACUCGACACUAGCAACGAAUUAGAGGCUAAAGACAAAGGCCCUCUGAAGCUAGAAGCUAAAAUAUUACAUUAUCAGUCACCCUCACACAUUUAUGUUUCACUCGCUCAAUACAAAAAGUCAUAUGAUGAGCUGUUCGCAAAAAUACAAGAGUAUUACGCAAAGAAUAACCCAAUUAAAGAAGAUUGGAAAGUGGGUGAGAACUGUUGCGCCCCGUGCGUCCAAUCAAAAACAUGGCGCCGUGCUGUCAUUAUAGAGCUUGAGAACGAAAAGGCUAAACUAUUUUACAGUGAUUUUGCAGUCAUUGAGAUCAUUCCAAAAUCUAGUUUAAGAGAAUUACCUCCAGAAUUUACCUCGCUUGGCAAUGCCGCGAUGAAAUGCCACUUACACGGUAUCAUGCCCGCCGUCGGUCAAGACUGGCCAUCGCUCACUAAAGAAUAUUUAAAAGAACUUCUUGAUGCAUACAGGCGGAUAUUUAUUACAAUUCAAGGCAACUUUACUGAUAAUAGUAUGCCUAUUGAGAUUUGGGUGUAUCACACGACGCAAGGAAGUGCUUUGGAAGCCAACAAGUCGGAAUGGAGAUGCUUGAACAGGAAAAUUGUGGAACAAGGACUUGGAGUACCUGAUAAGGCACAGGUUACAUCUGAAAAGAAAGUGGAAGAUCUUGGUGAGACACUGUCUUUUCUGAACAUAACGGGAUCAGUUAAUGAUUGGCUCCAGCUGGACCCAAUGCCAAUGGUGCCAUUAAAAUCAUUAAUUGAGAAUAAAACAGAUGACAAUAAUGAUAGAAUCACACCCGUCUCAAUCAGUGAUGGUGAAGAGAGCACUAGAGCUAAGCAGGAAUCAUCCAAUGUUAUGUACAUAACUGACUGGCUGCCGCCAGAACCGCUGCCUUGCAAGGAGUUCACUGCACUCCCAACCUACAUAGACAACAACGGUAUUAUUUACUUACACGAUGUGUCGCAAAAUGAUACACUGGACCUUAUUCGUAAAGCGUUGGACGUUCGCUUCAAGAAACCAGAUCCGAAAGCUCGGUACAACACAUGGACUGCCGGCGAACCAUGCGUUGCAUUGUUCUUCCUCGACAGUCGCUACUACAGAGGCCGAGUCUUAAAAGUCAAUAAAGAAAACUCCACUUGCCUUAUACAUUACAUUGACUACGGUAACGAAGAAUUGUGUUCCUUUGAAAACCUUAGAAAAAGCGUUCCUCUUCAUCAAAUACCAACACAAGCUCAUAAAUGUGUUCUGAACCGCAUCCAUCCCAUCGGUAAACAAUGGGAUAGACAAACACUAGACUACAUACAUAAGUCUGUGGUGGAAAAACAAUGUCACGUGCAAGUAAGUGGGGAAGAAGUUAAUGGUGUCACACCCAUAGAAUUGAAAUUUGAUAAACUUUGGAUCAACGAUCAUUUAGUUGACUUCGAAAUGGCAGAAUACUCGGACGGAACGCAGGCUCUUGUCAGGAAGUUCGCGCCUUCCAACCAUAGCAAUAAUAUGAAGAAUGAAAAUUUGGAAAUUGAAACAGAUGUUGAUGAAAAGGAUUCUACCAUUAACAACAAUUAUAUUUCAUACUCAAACGACAUUCCGGAAGAGUUCACGUGUAAUAUUACGAUCAUAAAUGACAUAAAUACAUUACAACUGAAUUUAAUCUUGGACGACGAAGCUACUAGAGUUUAUGAAGACAUGUUUGAUGCCCUGCAGACUGAGAGUCCUCACAUGACGCCACUGGAGGGUAUAUUCGAAAAUAAAGCUUGUGUCGCUAUUUUCCCUGAAGACGGUCGCUGGUAUCGAGCGUCUAUUCUACAAUAUAGCGAAGCUAAGAACCUUGUCAAAGUAAAAUACGUUGAUUACGGUAAUAUCGAAGUCGUAUCUCGCAAUGACACAAGAGAAAUCGGUGAAGAAUGGGUUAAGCUCCCGCCCGCCACUGUGUCUGCUAAAUUGUAUGGAGUAAAAGUAAACCCAGAGAUAAAAACUAGUGUAGUGACAGAAGCUUACACUAAAACCUUCUUAGAUCAAGGUCCAUUUCAUGCAAAGUUGAUAUGCCAUGAUACCGUCCCAUUUGUGGAGUUAAGGAAGGACAACAAAGAAUUGUUAUACAAAAACCUUAUCGAAGACAAUAUUUUUAUUCAAAGUGAAUAAGUCAAACUAGUUUUCCUUUUUUAAUUAUUUGUUUC